AAGUAACGUUAGCUCCCAAAUGCGUCUUCUUUACCAUUAGCCGUGCCCUUCGUUUACCCUCUGUCACAGAAAUCAGCCCUGAAACCGUUCAGAGGCUCGUAUCGCACUCUGCGCUGUCAGUGUAAUUACCUCAGGGGUUGUGUUUGAGAUGAAGCUGAAGUUAGCUUCUUAGACUAUUUUCCGUUCCACCUUAAGUGGUGCAGCAGUUGUACUCUGUCGCUUGCCAAGGCUCUCGCUCGCAGCUAAUAAAUGGUGGAAGCGCACUGUCUGCUGAUGUUUUCUAUUGUGACCGCGUUGCUGUUGCUGUCUAACUUUUGACUAGAGGGUAUUUCACAAAGCUGGAUAAGUCAAGACAUGAGUGAGGACUACGUUACAGGACUGUAGUUGUAGUGGUCCUGGUCCUGGAGAUCUGCCACCUCCAGCCCUAAUCAAAAACACCUGAUCCAGGAAAAUAUGAGGAAAAAACAGAAUGUGAAAAACAGGAAGGCGGAGGAGACAACAGUUGUUCAGGAGUUUGCUGUGGAAAAAAUUAUCCGGAGAAGAGUCAAUGAUGGAAAAGUGGAGUACUAUCUGAAGUGGAAAGGCUUCACUGAUGCUGAAAACACCUGGGAGCCAGAAGAUAAUCUGGACUGCCCUGAGCUGAUUGAGGAGUUUCUCAGAAACAUGGCUGUUUCAGGCGAGAGAGAGGACAGCAACUCUCUAGAGCCUGUUAUCCAACCCAAAGAAGAGCUAACUGAGCUGGAUGCUGACACAGCUCAUCAGCAGCAGUGUCAGAGUAAACAGAUAGAGAGUGAGACUGGCAAACCAGGUGAUCAUGACACGGCGACUGCCAAUGACCAGUCCACUUCCCCAGAGCCAGAGCGCAUCAUCGGCUCUACUGACCGACAUGGAGAGCUCAUGUUUCUCAUCAAAUGGAAAGACACAGACGAUGUGGCCCUGCUGUCAGCCAGGGAGGCCAGUGCAAGAUGGCCCCAGAUGGUUAUUGGUUUCUAUGAGGAUAAGCUGACGUGGCAUGGAGAAGAGGAACAGUAAAAAUGAAAGUGGAUAAUACCUCGUGCUAGCUUUUAACAUUUCCCCUCAUUCACACUUAAGAUGCGUUUUACUGUGUGACUUACCAUGUUGUGAAAGUGUGUGAAUCCCUACACCACUGUGAAACUUGUCUUAGCACACUGAACUCGUAGAAGUACUGAAUUCUUUGUAGAGAUGCACUGUAAGUCAUUGUUUUGCAAACCAGUUGAUAUAGAUUAUAGAUAUCAACAGGUUAAACAAUACUGUAUUUUAGCUGUAGGACUGCUGUUUAGAAAAGUAUGUCAUGUAAUCAGUUUAAUGUGUAUGAAAUUUGACUGCACUUGAAAAGACUAAGGGGAGCACAGCAUGUGCAUACUGAAUACUGGUGAUAAAUGGUACAUGAGGACUAGUGACUCAUAUUGUCUGUCUCUGUGAUCUCCCGGUUUUAGCACAUAUUAUACUGUGAUUAAGACCAAUAAUCUGUGAGGUUAGAGCUGUAGUUUUCUUCAUUUGCACAUACAAAUGAAAAUGUAGCCUUUCAAAACCAGUUUUUCAUGAAAAGUUCCAAUAAUAUGUUGUGCAUAAUGUUUUAUUCCAUCUUGAGAAGGGCGUUUAUGUGUUGCUGUCAAGAUGACAAAGGGUUUUUAGUCUGUUUUUCUUUCAUGUUCUCAUGGUAGCCCAUGAGUGGGCAACUCCAGGUGCUUUAAUAAAUGUCAGAUUACCUCAAAAUA